GGCAGCCCAACUCAAUUCCUCCUUAGCCUCUUAAGCUCUCCUCUACCUGGAAUAUGGAGCUGCUGGGGGCAGCAUCUGUUGUCCUCCUGGUUUGUGUUGUUUGCCUGCUCAACGUCGCAAGAUGGAAAAUCAGGUCUGGAAAGGGGAAGAUGCCUCCAGGACCAGCUCCUCUUCCCAUCCUAGGGAAUCUGCUCCAGGUGAAACCAAAGGACUUAGCCAAAACCCUUGAGAAGCUCAGCGAAGAGUAUGGGCCAGUUUUCACAGUGCACCUGGGCACUGAUCCAGUGGUGGUGCUGUGUGGACAUGACGUGGUAAAAGAAGCCUUGAUUGAUCGUGGGGAUGAGUUUGCUGCCAGAGGAAGGAUGCCACUGGGAGACCGGGCUAACGAAGGAUUAGGCAUUAUUUUCAGCAACAACGAGGGGUGGCUACAUGUCCGUCGGUUUGCUCUCAGCACUCUGCGCAACUUUGGGAUGGGGAAGAGGAGCAUUGAAGAGAGGAUCCAAGAGGAAGCCGAGCACUUGCUUGAAGAGCUCAGAAAAACAAAGAAAAUGCCCUUCGACCCAACAUUUAUGCUGAGCUGCACCGUCUCCAAUGUCAUAUGCUCCAUUAUCUUUGGGAAACGAUAUGACUAUAAAGACAAGAAGUUCCUGUCUCUGAUGAACAACAUGAACAACAUCUUUGAGAUGCUCAGCUCCCGCUGGGGACAGCUAUACCAGAUGUUCCCAGAGAUCCUGGAUUACUUCCCUGGCCCACACAACAGAAUAUUCAAAGAAAUUGAUGCUGUAAAAGCCUUUGUAGCAGAGGAAGUGAAGACGCACCAAGCCUACCUGGAUCCCAGCUCUCCUCAGGAUUUCAUUGACUGCUUUCUCAGCAAAAUGCAGGAGGAAAAAGACAAUCCCAAUUCCAGCUUCCACUUGAAGAACCUGAUAACCACAGUCUUUGACUUGUUCAUUGGUGGAACUGAGACAACUAGCACCACCUUAAAAUAUGGGUUUCUGCUUCUUCUCAAAUACCCGCAUAUACAAGAGAAAGUUCAAGAAGAGAUUGACCGGGUCGUAGGACGAUCACGAAGACCUUGUGUGGCUGACCGGACACAGAUGCCCUACACAGAUGCAGUGGCCCAUGAAAUCCAGCGCUUUAUCACCCUCAUCCCCUUGAGCGUCCCUCAUGCUGUGACCAAAGACAUCUACUUCAGAGAGCAUUUCAUUCCCAAGGGCACCACGAUCUUCCCCGUCCUCAGUUCUGUGCUGUAUAACAGCAAGGAGUUCCCAAACCCACAUGAGUUUAAUCCUGGACACUUCUUGAACGAGAACGGCACCUUUAGGAAGAGUGAACUCUUCAUGCCCUUCUCAGCAGGGAAGCGAAUAUGCCCUGGAGAGGGCCUGGCACGCAUGGAAAUAUUCUUGUUCCUGACCACCAUCUUGCAGAACUUCACCUUGAAGGCUGUCCUCAAGCCUGAGGAGCUCAGCAUAACCCCUACACUGAGUGGAUUAGGAAACGUUCCUCCCUCUUACCAGCUCUGUGCUCUUCCCCGCUGAAGGGCACGAAACCUCUGUGCGGUGUUCCCUAGCCCAUCUAGUCCUCUCUAUCUCUACGCCUCUACUAAAUCCAAUGACAGGAGUAUUGGCUCACCUACACAACACCUCCAGGAAGAUCGCUCCCAGAGUCCCAGGCUCUUCAAACCACUGACACUGUGUGUGCUCACUGAAGGUGCAGAAGUCCCACUGAACAGCCAAAUUGCUUACAAACAGGGCUCCUGUGGCUGCCCACGACCUGCAGCACGUGUCCCACUGAGGGCAGCAUGCUCUGCUGAUGGACAGUAUGGUACGUGUACAUUAACAGCCCAAUAAAGAAAAAUCUAUUUAUGAG